AUGAACUUGGAGAGCGACCCGCAGGUGCAGAGGCACGUGUGCUCCCUGAUCAGCCGGCUCGCCGGCUCGCACGACUGGUUCACGUCCCGCAUGUCCGCUUGCGGGCUGUUCUCCGUGGCGCUUCCGAAGGUCAGCGGGUCGAAGCAGGACGACCUGCUGAAGGCCUACACGCGCCUCUGCAGUGACGACACGCCCAUGGUGCGCAGACAGGCCGCCAGUGUGCUCGGCGAGGUGGCGUCUGUCCUGCCGCAGGAGUCGAUGCUGCCCGAGCUGGUGGAGGCGUUCGAGAAGCUCUGCAAGGACGAGCAGGAGUCCGUGCGCAUACUCGCGAUCGCCAACUGCGUGGCGCUGGGCAGGCUGCAGCCCAGCGCGGAGCGGCAGGCGCAGAUCUUCCCGGUGGUGGAGUCGUGCGCGCAGGACAAGUCCUGGCGGGUCAGGUACGUCAUGGCGGAGCACGUGCACACCCUCUGCGAGGUGUUCCAGGCGAAGGCCGAGGCGCACAUCGUGCCCCUGUACCUCCAGCUGCUCCAGGACCAGGAGGUCGAGGUGCGGACCAUGGCCGCCGCCCGCAUCGCGGGGGUGUCGAAGGUCAAGCCGGACAAGGAGCUCCUGGAGAUGCUCAUCCCCGUGAUGGAGAAGCUCACGGCGCCGCGGGAGCGCUCGCAGCACGUGCGCGCCGCCCUGGCCGGCGCCGUGCUGUCGCUCGCCCCGAUCUUCGGCCCCGACCUGACGGUGGACCACCUCGUGAACAUCUUCCUCCACCUGAUCAAGGACGAGAGCGCCGACGUGCGGCUGAAGCUGAUCGGCACCCUGGGAGAGCUGUCCUCGGCCAUGGACAUCGACGUGCUGUCGCAGUCCCUCCUGCCGUGCAUCAAGGAGCUCGGCAGGGACAGGCAGUGGCGCGUGCGGCGCAUGGUCAUAGACAGCAUGCCCUCCUUGGCGAAGCACCUGGGGCCGACCAAGUUCACCGAGGAGCUGAGCGGCCUCUUCGCGGCCUGGCUCGAGGACCCUGUCUUCUCCGUGAGGGACGCCAUCGCCGUGAACUUCCGCCUCCUCUACGUGGAGCUGGGCACGUCCUGGUGCGAGACCCACGUCGUCCCGCGCCUGCAGGCGCUGCUGGCGCACGGCAACUACCUGUACCGCAUAUCGGCCGUCCUGUGCGCUGGCAGACUGGCAGAGGUCGCGGCCCGGGAGUUCCUGGAUAAGCACCUGGUGCCGCUGGUCGUGAAGCUGGCGGCCGACCCCGUGCCCAACGUCUGCUUCAACACGGCGAAGGUAAUUCAAGCCAUGCAGCCCUUCGCCGCGAAGACGAGCCCGACCGUCACGGAGAGCCACCUGAUCCCGUGCCUCCGCAGGCAGGCCGCCGACGCGGACCCGGACGUGAAGUUCUACGCGCGGCGUGCGCUGACCGAGAUGGGCGUCAGCUGCGAGGAGAUAGACGCGCACUUCGGCGAGGUCCUGACCGCCCAGAGGCACGAGGUGGUGGCGCAGACGUGCCAAGGGCUCCUGCAGGCCGGCGUGGGCUGCUCGGACCCCGUCAGCAAGACCAUCAGCGGCUGCUGGCGCCCUGGCUUCUGCUCCGAGCUGGUGGCGGAGCGCUGCCCCGCGGCGUGCGCCGGGGAGCGCCUCUGCCGCGACACGCGCACCGCUGGGCUGCUGACGUACGACAAGUUCACCGCGGCGUUCGCCAAGGCCAUGGUGUACAUGCUGAUGGAGGAAUUGUCCAAGGUCGAGUUGAUGAAGCUGAUGUUCCUCACAGCCGCAAAGUUUGUCGCCAGUCUGCUUCUUAUACAAGCCGCGGUGUGCUGGGCCGAUUGGCCUCGUAGCAACCGCCUCGUGACGUUGGCAUGGCUCGUGACCUUUGGCGCGCCGUUCAUGCGCUCUCUCCUUCCCACCCCUGUCUUGAUUCAUUGGGCCCCGAUUGACCAGCAAUUUACGGAAUUCCUCAAAGUCACAAAUCAGCAUUACAACAUCUCGGGAAGGAUGGACACUCUAUCUAAAGUGGCCGGGAUCAGUUGUAACGAUCAUGCCAUGGAAGACAAAGUGGACAGCACAUGGUCUAGUGUGCACCAGAAUACACUCUGGUGGUGCGGGAAGGUAACAUCUGCGUCACGAUGGUUUCCGUGGAGCGAGACCCUUAAAAAGGGAGCGGAAGAGUGCCAAGUGGUCACCAACGAGGUUGGGAUCGGAGAUGAUGCCACCCAGUUGGUCGGUGCCAACAAACAGAGGCUGUGCAGGCUGAUCAACAGUACUCAGGUCGAGGACGUGAGGGAUAACCCUUUGAGUUCCAUGAGGGAGAUCGUCGACGUGCCAUGGGUGCGGAACGCCGCAAGAGGGCUUGUUGGCACCACGUCGAGCAUUUUGUCGUUCAGGGCACUGAUGCCCCUGGCCCUCUCCAUAGCACCCGGGCUUCUGGAGGCAGCAAUACGAAUAAAGGUCAUGAUUCCUGAGUCCUACCUCCCCGGAGUCUUCAUCGUCAUCAUGCCCCUGCUCUACGUGCCCCUGAUCUGGUCGUUCUCGGCCUUCGUCGUGCAGAGCCUGGGCGACCCGUGCCUCCUGGCCGGCAUCGCCCUGCUCGCCUUCUCGCCGCUGGCGUACACCGCCCUGGCCAUAGGCAUGCGCGUCACCUCCCCGAUGUCGCGCAGGGGCGCCCAGACCUUUGCGGACCGCGUCUGGUGGUUCAUGGGUAAGCUGGUGCCGCACGCGGGCAAGAUAUGCAAGUGCGGCCUGCGGCAGUAG